CCCAGUGAUCGCUAGACAGAGCUAAAUACCUAAGUAUCCAAUGGGUACCUAGAUAUCUAGUCCUCGGUCGACUUUUUCAGACUGACCAUCUGUCAUUAUCUUGCCAGUCCCAAACAAUGAUCGUCCUGAAAGAGAGUGAUGUGCACUCUUUGCUCUCCCACAUCUCCGUCUCAGAAUGCCAUCGUCUACUUGCCGACUUCCACGGUAUUCUCCGCGCAUACUCUGCCACCAAAAAUGCUCCAUCGUCGGAGCAAACGAUCCACCAACCGGAGAGGGAAUCAAUCGUGACGAGGACCGGUAACACCUCCCUUUUCAUGCCCUCUUCUAUCACUACCUCGACGGCAAUUAAGACCGUCACCAUCAGUCCGAAAGGACUCAAAGGCUGUAUCAAUGUCUUCGCGCCGGAUGGAGAACUGCUGGGCGUCUUGAAUGCCGAGGAAGUCACUGCAUUCCGGACCUCCCUCGCUGUCAUGAUCCCGUACAUCCGAUGGCCGAAUACCAAGAGAAACCUUGUGAUCUUCGGGGCUGGUCGACAGGCAGAGUGGCACUUGAAACUUGCUCUCUUGCUUGGCGACGUGAAGCACGUCACCGUCGUGAACAGGAGCAGUCCUCGAAGGAUGGAGUGGCUCUUCUCGGAUCUGCAGCAGAGGAAUCCCGACCUUGUUUGUCGGGUGCUGCUGAAGACGGCCGAGGAUUUUGAUUCGCAGCUACGAGAAUGUCUUCUGUCUUCAGAUAUAAUAUGCUGCUGCACCCCAUCAACAACACCGCAUUUCCCAUUCAGCUAUCUCGAUAAAAGGUCUCGCUUCAUCUCCCUGAUAGGCUCCUACAAGCCGUCAAUGCAGGAGGUCGACUCCGAAACUCUCUUGUCCGGCGAACACAUCUAUGUGGAUACGAAGGAAGGAUGCCUUGUUGAGGCGGGAGAACUAAUCAAGGCCAAUGUCCAGGCAGAUAAACUGAUCGAGAUUGGGGAACUACAGGACAUGAGGCCCCUGCAGACCGGAGGAAAUCUCAUAUUUAAAUGUGUGGGCAUGGGCAUCAUGGACUUGGUCAUGGCAGGUAGCCUGCUUGGCAUGGCUAGGGAGAAAAGCAUGGGCUUGAUUGUUGACGACUUCUGAUUCUGAGAGGGACAGCUGUUUGAUAUCUUGUAAAAUAGCCCCCUGCCGCAAUAGCUGCCCGAGGAUGGCAUCAAACACCAUCUCCGAAAGCGUAAUCGUUGGCCCAAC